GCGUCAGUCUGAUUGCCUCGGUCUUGGUUCGCGUAGGGAGGUUGUGUGGGUUUUUGCUGUGCUUAAACCAUGUCCGGCCGCGGGAAGCAGGGUGGCAAAGUCCGAGCUAAGGCCAAGUCGCGCUCGUCGCGGGCCGGGCUGCAGUUCCCCGUGGGCCGCGUGCACCGGCUGCUGCGCAAGGGCAACUACGCGGAGCGUGUCGGGGCUGGAGCACCUGUGUAUAUGGCAGCUGUGCUGGAGUACCUGACGGCCGAGAUCCUGGAGCUGGCGGGCAACGCGGCCCGCGACAACAAGAAGACGCGCAUCAUCCCGCGCCACCUCCAGCUGGCCAUCCGCAACGACGAGGAGCUCAACAAGCUGCUGGGCAAGGUGACCAUCGCGCAGGGCGGGGUGCUGCCCAACAUCCAGGCCGUGCUGCUGCCCAAGAAGACUGAGAGUCAUAAGGCUAAAAGCAAAUAAACUCAGCCACUUAGCUGCUUAGACUCUCCACAACAUAAUAUAACCCAAAGGCUCUUUUCAGAGCCACCUACACAGUCAGAAAAGAGUUGUGUUGCUUUCUUUACAGAAGUGCUUUGGGGAUAGUUCUUAUGUGCUGCUGCUGUUAGGGAGCUAAAACCAUAUUCUGUGGCAAUGCUUUAAAACUUUUAACUUCUACUUGAAGGGGGGUGAUACCUUUGCUUUCUAACUCUGUUUAAUGAAAGAACACUACAUUUGUAGUGAUUUACUGAUUGUUUUGUGUCAUUUCUUGUAGUAGUAUUGGUAAAACGUUUGGGUUUGGUUUUGAAUCUGCUUAACUUUCAUGACUAUGUGCUUCUUAUGGUGUGAAAUUAGCGGGGGGUGGCUAAAAGACUGAGGGGGGGAGUGGAAAAAUAUACAGAAUGAAAAUAAAUAGAUGAUCUCAAAGCCAUAGAACUACAUCUAAGAAUGAAGAAAGGCUUCUUUUGCAGGCCUUUGUUCUUUAAAACAUGUAAAACUUCCCUGUGACUUAACUGUAUUUAGAAAUAAAAUGAGAAAUGCUUUA